AUGCUGCACUCUGUGCUUUCUGUAAGCCGCCGGCGUGGUUGGCUAAGUUUUACUCGUGAGCCUCCACAGACUCUGGAGGAACUUUUGGCCAUGCAGACACCCAUGUCCACUUGCAAUGCAGCCAAUGCCGGCGAGUCAAAACGGGCGCGUCAUCCCUUUGAGUUGAAUCUGCCGUCAACAUGGCUUGACAAGUUGGAACCCGAGGAAGAGCAGGAGGCAGGCCAAGCGGACGCUGCAAUUUACGCCACGGUCUUCAAGCACUGGUCUCCUGGAAAGACUCCGGGCCCAUCGAUGAUAGAAGGAUUCUUCCUGGAGAACAGGCCACACUUCGAAGAAGCGGAGCGAGCGGCAAGCGCUACCCCAGCAUUUACCUUGGUGGGGAGGCGUGCUGUAACUAACAAAGGGCAAGAGGAGAACGGGGAGCUCGACUCCUAUGUGUACAUGGUCUGGACUUGUGUGGAGCAAGCAUGUGGCAACGUUGGCUCCAACUGCUCCACAUCAUUCUUUGAGAACGCAUCGUGGAUCGCAACAGUUCAGCUAGGCACUACAUCUUUUGAAGCGGUACUGUUUGUCCGAAUAUGCCAAGAGCUGAGCCCGAAGUGGAUGAUGCUAAUCGACAGGUUGUCGGCUUUGCAAGAUAGUCGUCUUGUCAGGCUCUCUCGCACAGUGGCACAGUGCUUGCUUGAGCCGGUAGGUCAGCUGCCCUUUGUGCUGAGACGCACUUGCUACGCACCGCGCAUGGUUUGCCGACCAUCCUCGACCAACUUCGCCACGCAUUUCGCAGUGAACAUCUGUUCAGGCUAUCAUGCAGUGUCCGGCCAGGAUAGUUGUUGCUUGGAUGGCCAAAGGCUAUGUGUUGUCGCAUGUUGCAUGAUGAGCUUUCUCUGCAUUGGGACUGCUGCCAUGCUUCAUUUGGCUCCUCACCAUGUGGCAGCCGGUGCCGACUAUAUAGGUGUAGAUCAACAUGUGGUCCACGGCAUGCAGAAGCACGUCAGCACGGCUGCAGACUGGGCGCGGAGUGUCAGUCAAACUGCUCACCAAGUCGGCUCGGACUGGGUGCGAAACUCUGGACUGGACACGCACCUGCGACAAGCAGGGCAAUGGGGGUCCACUGUGGGUCAGCAUGCGCACAGAGUCGGAGCCGACAUAGUAGCGGGUGCUGGCCUUGAUGAGCACAUGCAGCGUGCUGGCGAUUGGGCGCAGCAAGUCCAUCAGCAACUGACGGGGCAGGAUCAGAUCUUGUCACCCUAUGACUGCUCAACAGCGGGGGACAUCCCAUCAUGGUCACAUGCACACAAGGAGUGGUGCUGCGAGCAUCAAAAUAUCGCGUGCGCCGAAGCUUCGUCAACAGCAUCCACCAGCCAUCCUCCCCAGCACUAUAUGUGGAUUUCCGUCCCUCUUCACAAGGGCAAGUAUGACUGCGCGGCUGGCAUCAAGAAUUGGCUAAAAGGCUGGUCGCAUCGCAAGCAGUCAUGGUGCUGCCAGAACAAGGGCAUCGGAUGCCUGCAUGAAGUUAGCCAUCCUUUUGAUUGCUCGAUUGGCUCUGCGACGCACUGGCCUGCUCAAAAGACGGUAUGGUGCUGUCUCCAUCAGAACCGCGGCUGUCCAAGCCAGGUGACAUUUGCUCAGGCUCAUGCAUUCGAUUGCAGCGCUGGCUUCUCCAACUGGCAAGUUGGAUGGUCUGUUGCUAAGCAGGAAUGGUGUUGUAUGCACCACGGUCGAGGUUGUCGGCAGACAUCGGAGGCAACGAGCUAUGAUUGUUCUGACGACCUGUACCACUGGCAUGACCGAUGGUCAUCUCACAAGAAGGCCUGGUGCUGCAAGACCUACAGUUUGGGAUGUUCCGCUAAACACGUGAACAGAUACGAUUGUGAUGCUGGGUAUGCAAACUGGCGAGCUGGCUGGUCGGAUGGCAAGAAGGCGUGGUGCUGUGCCCGCACCUCUCGUGGCUGCUUGUACGACUGCGAGGCUGUAGACCAAUCCUGGUCGUUUGCCAGGCGAUCUUGGUGUUGCUGGCAUUUACGCCAAGGCUGCACCUCCGAAGAUGCAUACGAUGCGACCUCCGUGGAGUCUUCUGCAGAGGAUUCCCACGCUGUGAGCUACAUAGACAACAAUGAUUUCGACUGCGAUGCAGGCUAUGCCAACUGGCAUGCUGGAUGGUCGCAAGAUAAGAAAAACUGGUGUUGUCAACACCUUUCCUUGGGCUGCGAGAGCCCGUUCGGGUGA